ACAUGGAAGAAUUGCGCUCAGAUAACAUUCUCUUCCAGCAUCAACAGCUUACAGCAGGUGGAUCAUCUAAAGGUUGGUUAAAUCAGCAAAUGAAGCAACUACAGAAAGCUUUGAACAUCACCACUGUAGCGCCUAAAUCGAUAGUGUCAGAAGUUCAAUUCGAGCAGCAUUGGUAUCAGGAAAUCACUUCGAGCGAUUUGUUAACAUCUGCAAGUGCGUUUUGUUCCAGCGUAUUUCGCGUAACAUAA